AGACACCAGUCUACCAGUCCUGGCUAAAGUCUCACAAUGAUGGUGUUGAUGUUAACAGCUCUUUUUACACACUGCCUCCUGCAGCUAACUGCUGGAAUGAGUGUGGGUGAUUCCACGCAAGGGUCCAAAAGAGAAACAAGGGAGGUAGGACAACCAGCACCUAUUGACUGUAAAAUGACUGCUUGGUCUGAGUGGGCACGCUGUGACCCUUGCACUAAAACCAUGCAUCGUUCCAGGGGAAUUGAAAGAUUUGGGCAGUUUGGAGGUCGAAAAUGUAUAGAACCUAUUGGAGAAAAAAAGCCCUGCAGAACAGCAAGUAAAUGUGAGGAAGAUCCACCACCGGUCUGCUCCAGUACUGAGUUCACCUGCGAAUCAGGGAUCUGUAUUAAAAAGCGGCUGAUGUGCAAUGGGGACAAUGACUGCGGUGACUUUUCUGAUGAGGAUGAAUGUGAUAAAGUCCGCUCUCCCUGUGGCAAUUUGCACAUGACGGAGUCAGACAUCGGUCUUAGUGCUGGAUAUGGCAUAAACAUUCUAGGCUCAGGUCCUCGCAUAAACCCAUUUAAUAACAAAAUAUAUAAUGGAAUAUGUGAGCGUGUCAAGGAGCCAUCCACAUUAGACUACAAAAGGAUACCCUGGAACGUCGCGGUCCUCAACUAUGAGACAUUAGUAGAAGAGACUUCUUCUAAAGAGGUCUACAAAGACACUCACUCAGUCCUGCAUGAAAUCACCCAAGAUAUCACUACCAAAACAAGCAUAGGAUUAUCCUUCAAGUUCACACCUACAGAUUCAUCUUCUACGAAAAAUGGCACAAGUCUCUUGAGUGCUGGAGCUGGAGUAAACACUGAGACUGAAAAGAGGGAAAUGAUCAAAACUAUCACAGAAAAUAGCAAUACUCAGGAAAAGUCAUACUUCAGGGUGAAGGGCAAAGUGCAACUAGGCACAUACAGACUGAGGUCUCGGGGUCUGGAAGUAUCUGAGUUAUUCCUGGAUGAUGUAGAUGCAUUGCCUAUUGAAUAUGAGAAAGGACAGUAUUUUGGCUUCCUGGAGGAUUAUGGGACACACUACACUAAAAAUGGAAGAGCUGGGGGAGAAUACGAACUUGUAUAUGUCCUCAAUAGUAAAGUAAUCAAAGACUCAAAGACAACAGAAAAUCUACUGAAGAAUUGCUUGAAAGUUGGGAUCACUGCAGAUUUUAAGACUACUGGAAAUAUUUCAGUAGAGUUAGAGCCAUCCAAAAUUGAACCAAAAGACGACUGUAAAGAGCUUACACAUAAAACCACAGUGUCGGAUCAAAGUGAGCCAUUGAUUGAUAAGGUGAUCAGUGCAGUGAAGGGAGGCUCCACAGAAUCAGCAGCGGCCAUGAAGUCUCAGCUUAGUAAAGAUGGUGUGCUGGAUUGGAAACAUUACGUGGACUGGGCACGAACACUUUCAGACCUGCCUGCACUCAUCUACAGCGAUCCUGAGCCCAUCUACAAUGCAAUUCCUCUGAACUUCCCUGAUGCCCAGCCAAGGAGAGAGAACUUACAGAGAGCCCUUCAUGAGUACAUGGCAGAAUACAGUGUGUGUAAGUGCCAGCCAUGCCAAAAUGGUGGCACCGUGGCCCAGGUAGAUGGCAAGUGUGUAUGCCUGUGCCCAUUGCACUUUGAAGGCGUAGCUUGUCAGACCGUUCGUCAUGAAUUAAUUAAAGAUAAUAAACAGCCCGUAGAAGAGGUAGGAAACUGGGGCUGCUGGUCUUCCUGGUCCAGUUGCAGUGGAGGACACCAAAGGCGUACUCGAUCCUGCAACACAGGUGGCAUUGCAGGAGCUACGUGCAAAGGAGACACAGCGGAUGAGGAGUACUGUUAAUGCUGUGUGGGGUCUCUCUCUCUCUCUCUCUCUCUCUCUAUGGUCUUUGUUUCUUAUUAAAAGU